CCCGCAGGAGGAGGAACACACGGCUGCCAGAUUUGGGGGCAGCAGCGAGGAGCAAGCCAGCUGCCCUACCUUCACGCUGAAAGGAGGAAGCCGAGGGUCAGCUCUGGGGACGCUGAGGCACAGGACGGACUCUUGGGAGCAGAUGACCAAUGACCUCGUGGAAGGUGCCCCGGCCCCGGACUCAUGCCACACUGCAGGCUUGACAGAUGAAAAAGUGAAGGCGUACCUUUCUCUACACCCCCAGGUGUUAGAUGAAUUUGUGUCCGAAAGUGUCAGUGUGGAGACGGUGGAAAAGUGGCUGAAGCGGAAAAACAACAAGCCGGAAGAUGAAUCGGCUCCUAAGGAAGUCAGCAGGUACCAAGAUACGAACAUGCAGGGAGUUGUGUAUGAACUCAACAGCUACAUAGAACAGCGGUUGGAUGCAGGAGGGGACAACCAGCUGCUCCUCUAUGAGCUGAGUACCAUCAUCAAAAUAGCCACAAAAGCUGAUGGAUUUGCACUGUAUUUCCUUGGAGAGUGCAAUAAUAGCCUCUGUGUGUUCACGCCGCCCGGAGUGAAGGAAGGGAAGCCGAGGCUCGUGCCCGCCGGGCCCAUCUCGCAGGGAACCACGGUAUCUGCGUAUGUGGCCAAGUCCAGGAAAACCCUGCUGGUAGAGGACAUCCUCGGGGACGAACGAUUUCCCAGAGGUACUGGACUGGAGUCAGGGACUCGGAUCCAGUCUGUUCUUUGCUUGCCAAUCGUCACUGCGAUUGGAGACUUGAUCGGCAUUCUGGAGCUGUAUAGGCACUGGGGCAAGGAUGCCUUCUGCCUCAGCCAUCAGGAGGUCGCCACCGCAAACCUCGCCUGGGCUUCCGUAGCAAUCCACCAGGUGCAGGUGUGCAGAGGACUUGCCAAACAGACGGAGCUGAAUGACUUUCUACUCGAUGUAUCAAAGACAUAUUUUGAUAACAUAGUCGCAAUAGAUUCUCUACUUGAACACAUAAUGAUAUAUGCAAAAAACCUGGUAGACGCGGACCGCUGCGCCCUGUUCCAGGUGGAUCACAAGAACAAGGAGCUCUACUCAGACCUGUUUGACAUCGGCGAGGAGAAGGAGGGGAAGCCCGUCUUUAAGAAGACCAAGGAGAUAAGGUUCUCCAUCGAGAAAGGGAUCGCGGGCCAAGUGGCGAGGACGGGGGAAGUGCUCAACAUCCCAGACGCCUACGCGGACCCACGCUUUAACCGGGAAGUGGACUUGUACACAGGCUACACCACCCGGAAUAUCCUGUGCAUGCCCAUCGUGAGCCGAGGGAGCGUCAUCGGCGUGGUCCAGAUGGUGAACAAAAUCAGCGGAAGUGCCUUUUCUAAAACGGACGAGAACAACUUCAAGAUGUUUGCGGUCUUCUGCGCGUUAGCCUUGCACUGUGCUAAUAUGUACCAUAGGAUCCGCCACUCAGAGUGCAUCUACCGAGUCACCAUGGAGAAGCUGUCCUACCACAGCAUCUGCACGUCGGAGGAGUGGCAGGGCCUGAUGCACUUCAGCCUCCCGCUGCGGCUCUGCAAGGAAGUGGAACUAUUCCACUUCGACAUCGGUCCCUUUGAGAACAUGUGGCCCGGCAUCUUCGUCCACAUGGUCCAUCAGUCCUGUGGGAUAUCCUGCUUUGACCUGGAGAAGCUGUGCCGCUUCAUCAUGUCUGUGAAGAAGAACUACCGGCGCGUCCCCUACCACAACUGGAAGCAUGCUGUCACCGUGGCCCACUGCAUGUACGCCAUCCUGCAGAACAACCGAGGGCUCUUCACGGACCUGGAGCGUAAAGGGCUGCUGAUCGCCUGCCUGUGCCAUGACCUGGACCACCGGGGCUUCAGCAACAGCUACCUGCAGAAGUUCGACCACCCACUGGCUGCUCUCUACUCUACCUCCACGAUGGAGCAGCACCACUUCUCCCAGACGGUGUCUAUCCUCCAGUUGGAAGGACACAACAUCUUCUCCACGCUGAGCUCCGGGGAGUACGAGCAGGUGCUGGAGAUCAUCCGAAAAGCCAUCAUUGCCACGGACCUCGCCUUGUACUUCGGGAACAGGAAGCAGCUGGAGGAGAUGUACCAGACCGGCUCGCUGAACCUCAACAACCAAUCGCACAGGGACCGCGUCAUUGGGCUGAUGAUGACCGCCUGUGAUCUCUGUUCCGUGACGAAACUGUGGCCAGUGACAAAGCUGACGGCAAAUGACAUAUACGCCGAGUUUUGGGCUGAGGGCGACGAGAUGAAGAAGCUGGGCAUCCAGCCCAUCCCCAUGAUGGACCGAGAAAAACGGGGGGAAGUCCCUCAAGGCCAACUUGGAUUCUACAACGCGGUGGCCAUCCCCUGCUACACGACCCUCCACCAGAUCCUGCCCCCCACGGAGCCGCUCCUCAACGCCUGCAGGAAUAACCUCAACCAGUGGGAGAAGGUGAUCCGUGGGGAGGAGAGCCCCAUAUGGGUCAUGACGCAGCCCACGGCCCCGGAGAGUGCCCCCAAGAAGCUGUCGGGCUUGGAAGACUGACGCUGGACGACCAGGGAGGAGCUGCAUCCUGCCGCUUAUCCGCGUUUUCCUUUUAUUUCUGUGGGGAGACAAACCACCCAAUCCCAUGCCUGGGAACGGGAUGCAGGCACGCCUAUCCCAGAAGGUAACACCGGACGAAUGUCUCGCCCGGACGCCCAUGGCCAUCUUGUCUGUCCUCCCCAGGACACCUGCGUGCUCCAGAAGUGGCCGUCCCGGGAGCUCCCUGUGGCAUGUGGACUGGCCUCUGCCAACAGACAGACUCUUGUGGUCAAGGCUGCCCAGGUGCCGGACCUGCAGUGUUCCGAAGGGGGGGCUUGUCCAUUGUACUUUUCGAGGGAGGAUUGAUCAUGGUACUAUGGCCACAUUACACUCUGGCUUUGGCAAUGAUGCUGUGUCAGCGUGGUUGGUCACGUGGGCCGCCAUCUCUCUCUAGUUUAUCUGGGCAGCAGUAGGCAGCCCCAGGGCUGGCCGCUGAGGCCAUUGGUGUGAAGAGCUUGCUUCUGCCCUGGGGGUGUGUGGGGGGGUGGUGUCAAAGCAGUGCUUGUCUGCUGAUUCAGAAGUUGGGGAGGGGGGCACACGUGUCCUCUUUGAGUCCAGACUUAAGGGCUUAACCGGAUCAUCCUCACCGUGGAGGAGGGAGGCUUUCUUGCCUUCCGAGAGGAGAUGUAGGCAGCAAUGAGGGAGACCAAAAGACCCCAGAGGCUGUGUUUGAAAGUUCAUUCUUUUCCUCCUCGCUCCCACUCAUUACCCUCCAGGCCUUUGGCUGAGAGAACCCAGGACAAGCUGGGCAUAUUGUUUCAUUUCAACGGACAAGCCUGGAUGGGGGGUGGGGAAUGGGAGGCAGGGAGUCUUCUUCCUGGGUCCUCAGAAUUAUAACUUCGUCUUCUUGGCUUCUCAGCAGAUACUUGUGGAGUUGAUUUGAAGGGUUGUGACUUUGGUCUGCCGCCUUCCUUCCCCCCGGCCCGCCGCUAUGUGUGUCUGUGGGAGGCUUCGAGCCCUUGCUGUGGAAUGAGCAUGGCCAGUUCCUUCGGCUCCCGUUUUUUCACUCUCUCCCUGCCCGGCAAACACCUACACAGAGGCCCGGGUUGGGAUCCUCUCUUGUGUCAGGUGCUGGCUGCCUAUUAUUCCUGCCGAUGUACACAUUGGGGACACUUCUCUGAGAAUCACCCUGUGAGCCCCUUGCCCAGGGUGGCAGUCCGGUCCCUGCUGGUGUACUCUCAUACAUGGAAGGUCCCACGGAACCCCUGGACAGCCACCUCCAAGCCUGCGAUCAGAAUGGAGCUGGGGGUCUCCCGGGGGUCUCGAGACAGGGAGGCCCAUCCACAGACAGGGGGCUGCUUUCACGGGAGGGGGUGGCAUGGGAGCGUGGCUUUUCACGAAAGCCCUUUAAAAACCGAACUCUUACAUCGUCGUCACUGCAGACAUGGGUGUUCAUGGGAGUUUGGUUCUUGUGCAAAGAAAAGUGGGAUGGGGAGGGGCUCACAACAUGCUUCAUGUCUGUGUUAGCGUGCCAUAGACAUUGUUGGCAUUGUGAAAAUUAGACACUAUGAGCUACUUUCCUUACUGGCCUGGCUGGCUCUCGCGUGGAGCUCUGUGAUAAUGGCAGGGUGAGAGGUAAACUGUAACAGGUAACCACAGGGGAGGGGCACUGUGGGGACACACACACACACCCACUCACACACACACUCACCAUAGGCCUACCGUGCACACUUUCGACUGUCUCUGGGACAACGGGAAUUGGAAGAUAAUGGAGCUUCCUUCAAGCCCCCUCUGUGCAUACGUAUGUAAGCAUCGGAGUCACCAAAGAGUCAUUGCAAACCAUGGGACAAAUAGAGGACGGAAUGUUUCCCACAAACAUUUGGGAGCGCCCUUGUGUUUGUUUAAUAGACACACAGAGAAGCAAGUACGAGUCUUAAAAAAUAAUAUAUGACUAUUUUUUUUAAUCUGCUCCAUUCUUCUAAAACCAGCCAUUGCCAUGUUAGGAAAGGCGUAUUAUUGGAGAAGCGCGUGGCAGAGGAAGCCUGCUUUGGUCCAUGUGAGGACGGAGCCUGGCAUCUCAUUCUGAACAGCAGCGUCUAACUGCUUAUCCAACUUUGUGAAGCUUUCCUGCCAGAUUCAGCUCCAACCCAAGAGUUGCCCACGUCCAUUCUUUCAUUCUGCAGACAAAAUCAGCCUGGGG